AUGGUCAAAUAUUUGGUCAAAAUUAUGUUCAUACUUAUGGUCAUACUUAUGGUCAACUCUUUGGUCAAAAUUAUGUUCAUACUUAUGGUCAUACUUAUGGUCAAAUCUUUGGUCAUACUUAUGAUCAAACUAGUUAGCAGGUCAUCGUGGGGUGCAAUCGCUGUACCAAUCCUGUCGAAUGAUGUGUCUAACGAUGUGUCUAAUGGUGUGUCUAAUGAUGUGUCUAAUGGUGUGUCUCAUGAUUUGUCUAACGAUGUGUCUAACGAUGUGUCUCAUAAUUUGUCUAACGAUGUGUCUAACGAUGUGUCUAACGAUGUGUCUAACGAUGUGUCUAACGAUGUGUCUAACGAUGUGUCUCAUAAUUUGUCUAACGAUGAGUCUAACGAUGUGUCUAACGAUGUGUCUAAUGAUGUGUCUAAUGGUGUGUCUCAUGAUGUGUCUAACGAUGUGUCUAAUGGUGUGUCUCAUGAUGUGUCUAAUGAUGUGUCUAACGAUGUGUCUAACGAUGUGUCUAACGAUGUGUCUAACGAUGUUCCUCAUGAUGUGUCUCAUGAAUUGUCUAACGAUGUGUCUAAUGAUGUGUCUAACGAUGUGUCUAACGAUGUGUCUAAUGAUGUGUCUAAUGGUGUAUCUAACGAUGUGUCUAACGAUGUGUCUAACGAUGAGUCUAAUGAUGUGUCUCAUGAAUUGUCUAACGAUGUGUCUAAUGAUGUGUCUAACGAUGUGUCUAACGAUUUGUCUAACGAUGUUCCUCAUGAUGUGUCUCAUGAAUUGUCUAACGAUGUGUCUAAUGAUGUGUCUAAUGGUGUGUCUAACGAUGUGUCUAACGAUGUGUCUAAUAAUGCAUCUAAUGAUGUGUCUAAUUAUGUGUCUAAUGGUGUAUCUAACGAUGUGUCUAAUGGUGUAUCUAACGAUGUGUCUAAUGAUGUGUCUAAUGGUGUAUCUAACGAUGUGUCUAAUGGUGUAUCUAACGAUGUGUCUAAUGAUGUGUCUAAUGGUGUAUCUAACGAUGUGUCUAAUGAUGUGUCUAACGAUGUGUCUAAUGGUGUAUCUAACGAUGUGUCUAAUGAUGUGUCUAACGAUGUGUCUAAUGAUGUGUCUAAUGGUGUGUCUAACGAUGUGUCUAAUGGUGUAUCUAACGAUGUGUCUAAUAAUGCAUCUAACGAUGUGUCUAAUGAUGUGUCUAACGAUGUGUCUAAUGAUGUGUCUAAUGGUGUAUUUAACGAUGUGUCUAACGAUGUGUCUAAUGGUGUAUCUAACGAUGUGUCUAAUGAUGUGUCUAAUGGUGUAUCUAACGAUGUGUCUAAUGAUGUGUCUAACGAUGUGUCUAACGAUGUGUCUAAUGGUGUAUCUAACGAUGUGUCUAAUAAUGCAUCUAACGAUGUGUCUAAUGAUGUGUCUAACGAUGUGUCUAAUGAUGUGUCUAAUAAUGCAUCUAACGAUGUGUCUAAUGAUGUGUCUAACGAUGUGUCUAACGAUGUGUCUAAUGGUGUAUUUAACGAUGUGUCUAACGAUGUGUCUAAUGGUGUAUCUAACGAUGUGUCUAAUGAUGUGUCUAAUGGUGUAUCUAACGAUGUGUCUAAUGAUGUGUAUAACGAUGUGUCUAACGAUGUGUCUAAUGGUGUAUCUAACGAUGUGUCUAAUAAUGCAUCUAACGAUGUGUCUAAUGAUGUGUCUAACGAUGUGUCUAAUGAUGUGUCUAAUGGUGUAUCUAACGAUGUGUCUAAUAAUGCAUCUAACGAUGUGUCUAAUGAUGUGUCUAACGAUGUGUCUAAUGAUGUGUCUAAUGGUGUAUCUAACGAUGUGUCUAAAAAUGCAUCUAACGAUGUGUCUAAUGAUGUGUCUAAUGGUGUAUCUAACGAUGUGUCUAAUAAUGCAUCUAAUGAUGUGUCUAAUGAUGUGUCUAACGAUGUGUCUAAUGAUGUGUCUAAUGGUGUAUCUAACGAUGUGUCUAAUGAUGUGUCUAAUGGUGUAUCUAACGAUGUGUCUAACGAUGUGUCUAAUGAUGUGUCUAAUGGUGUAUCUAACGAUGUGUCUAAUAAUGCAUCUAAUGAUGUGUCUAAUGAUGUGUCUAACGAUGCGUCUAAUGAUGUGUCUAAUGAUGUGUCUAAUGGUGUAUCUAACGAUGUGUCUAAUGAUGUGUCUAAUGAUGUAUCUAACGAUGUGUCUAAUGAUGUGUCUAAUGAUGUAUCUAACGAUGUGUCUAACGAUGUGUCUAAUAAUGCAUCUAAUGAUGUGUCUAACGAUGUGUCUAAUGAUGUGUCUAAUGGUGUAUCUAACGAUGUGUCUAACGAUGUGUCUAAUGAUGUGUCUAAUGAUGUGUCUAAUGGUGUAUCUAACGAUGUGUCUAAUGAUGUGUCUAAUGGUGUAUCUAACGAUGUGUCUAAUGAUGUGUCUAACGAUGUGUCUAAUGAUGUGUCUAACGAUGUGUCUAAUGGUGUAUCUAACGAUGUGUCUAAUGAUGUGUCUAACGAUGUGUCUAAUGAUGUGUCUAAUACUGUCUUUAAUGUUGAUAUUAAUCCCCACUUUAUACAAAGUGUAUUGAAGUUGAAAGUAAAAAAUAAAUCUUUUAUUUCAAUCUCAUAA